GCUUUCCUAGGCUUUUGUUCCCCUCCACCCAAUCAGAAUCAGCUCUCAUUUCACCACCACCCCCCCAAUUAAAGAAGAAGGAUACGAAGAUGCAUGCAUGGACGAGGCAUGAGCCAUUGCUUCUUGUUGGGAAAUAGAAACGGGGUAGCUAGCUAGAUCGAUCCAUUUGACUUUGAUUAUUUGAUUUUGAUACUAGUGUUCUCGAAGCAAAGUAAAGGCGACAUUAAUUUAGCAAACUCGGUCGAGAUCAAAUAGCCCGCAUUGGACAUUGGUGUUGGUGGUAGUAUAUAUUUUUGCUGCCGGUAGGAGGCCGGCGUCGGUCUCGCCUUCACCGCCGUCCAGGGAUUCCUCGAUCUUGUUCCAUUCAGCUAAGCUAGGAGGAUCGUUCUAGCGCAUGAGCUAGCUGGGGAGAAAACAAAAAGGAUCGAAGGGGGAAUCGAUCGACCGACCGACAAGAUGCCGCUGUUCGAGCGGGACCGGUACCAGAGGCUGCCGCUGGACAUCAGCAGCAGCGGCGCCCCCGUCGCCGGAUCAGGGCGGCGCCCGUCGUCGUCGUCGUCGUCCUGCGCGACGGCGACCAUCCUCCUCUUCGUCGGCCUCUGCCUCGUCGGCGCCUGGAUCAUGGCCUCGUCGUCCACCAGCAGCAACGUCAAUAACAAGUCCGCGGCCCAGGACGACGACCACUCCGCCGUCGACUUGACCACCGCCGGCGGCAAGCAAGACGGCGACAGCGGCGGCGCCACGCAGAUGAAGGAGGGCGCGCCGCCGGGAGACACGGCGAACGCCGGCGGCGGCAAGGCGGCGUCCAAUGGCACGGCGGAGACGGCUGGAACUGGAAGCGGCCAGGACGGGAAGAAGAAGAAGAAGGACGAUAAUGCGGCGCCGGCGACGGAGACGAAGGGGGAGGAGACCGUUGACCAGCCUGACAAGAACCAGACGGCCUUCAACGACCAGAACAGCAACCUCGACGGCGACCAGGUCAACGACCAGGACGCGUCGAGGAACCAGACCUUGGGAGGAGACCAGCUCAGCGGCGACGCGGACGCGCCCAAGAACGAGACGUUCGCGGUGGUGUACGGCGGCGACAAUGGCACGGAGGCGAUCGUCUUCGAGGAAGCCGACCCGGUUCCCACCAACAACAGCAGCAGCACCAUCUCAUCCAGCGACGAUAACUCGGUGCCCGCCGUCGUCGUCGACUCCGACGCCGUCACCGACAACGACGCAGGAGAAGAAACAACAAUGGCCGAGCUUCUCCCCAGCGGGCUGCAGGCGGAGCUCAUGAACGAGACAUCUUCCCCAGCAACGGCGCAGGACGACAACAACGCAGGAGAAGAAGAAGCGCUGAUGGCGGAGCUUCUGCCCAGCGGCCAGGCAGAGCUCCUCAACGAGACUUCCCCGGCAACGGCAACGGACAACAACAACAACAACAAAUACACGUCAACGUUCCCGACGCAGUCCGACGAGUCAUCCACGCCGUCGUCGAAGAAGAAGAAGAAAUCCCCCACUCCCAACAAAACUCCCAACAACGAGACAUCAACGGACGAAUCCGCCUACACAUUCAAGCUCUGCAAUUACAACGACAGCACCACAAGCACCGGCGCCGACUACAUCCCCUGCCUGGACAACCAAUCCGCCAUCAAAUCCCUCAAAUCCACGAAGCACUACGAGCACCGGGAGCGCCACUGCCCGUCGCCGGCCCCUUCCUGCCUCGUCCCGCUCCCGCAAGGCUACCGCCGGCCGAUCCCAUGGCCGCAGAGCCGUGACCAGAUCUGGCACGCCAACGUGCCCCACACCAAGCUCGCCUCCUACAAGGGCAACCAGAACUGGGUCAGGCUCUCCAACGACAGCCAGCACCUCGUCUUCCCGGGGGGCGGCACGCAGUUCACCAACGGGGCGGCGCACUACCUUGACGUGAUCGCCGACGCGGACGCCGCGAACGUCCGCUGGGGCACCCGGACGCGCGUCGUCCUCGACGUCGGCUGCGGGGUCGCCAGCUUCGGCGGCUACCUGUUCGACCGGGACGCGCUCACCAUGUCCUUCGCGCCGAAAGACGAGCACGAGGCGCAGGUGCAGUUCGCGCUGGAGCGCGGGAUCCCGGCGGUGCUCGCCGUCAUGGGGACCAAACGGCUGCCGUUCCCGGCGGGGGCGUUCGACCUCGUGCAUUGCGCCAGGUGCCGUGUGCCGUGGCAUCAGGAAGGCGGGCGGCUGCUGGUGGAGGCGGACCGGGUGCUCCGGCCUGGGGGUUUGUUUGUUUGGUCGGCGACGCCGGUGUACAGGAAGGAUGAGGAGAAUGUGGGGAUCUGGAAGGCCAUGGAGAAGGUGACCAAGGAUAUGUGCUGGGAGAUGGUGAAUCGGACGAGCGAUGAACUGGAUCAGACGGCGCUUGUGGUGUUCAAGAAGCCGGAGGAUAAUGAGUGCUAUGGGAAGAGGAACUCGUCGGCGUCGCCGCCGCUCUGCGACGGCUCCGAUGACCCCAACGCCGUCUGGAAUGUGACGCUGCAGACGUGCAUGCACAGGGUGGCCACGGGCCAGGGGGAGCGCGGGGCGCGGUGGCCGGUGCAGUGGCCGGAGAGGCUGACGACGGCGCCCUACUGGCUGAACGAGAGCCAGGUGGGGGUCUACGGGAAACCGGCGCCCGAGGACUUUGCGUCCGACACGGCGCACUGGAAAAAGGCCGUCAAUGGGUCCUACCUCGCCGGCAUGGGCAUCGACUGGGGCAACGUCCGGAACGUCAUCGACACGCGCUCCGUCUACGGCGGGUUCGCGGCGGCGCUGCGGGACAUGAAGGUGUGGGUGAUGAACAUCGUGCCGGUGGAGGCGCCGGACACGCUGCCGAUCAUCUACGAGAGGGGCCUGUUCGGGAUGUACCACGACUGGUGCGAGUCCCUCAGCACGUACCCGAGGUCCUACGACCUCGUCCACGCCGACCAUCUCUUCUCCAGCCUCAAGGACAGGUGCAAGCUGCGGCCGGUGAUGGCCGAGGUGGACCGGAUCCUGAGGCCGGAGGGGAAGGUGAUCGUCCGGGAAGACAGGGAGACGGCGGAGGAGGUCGAGAGGAUCGCGAAAACGCUGCACUGGAAGGUCGGCAUGGCCGUGUCCAAGGAAGGGGAGAGGCUGCUCUGCUUCGAGAAGACCAUGUGGCGGCCGACUGAAGUGGAGAGCUAGCACACAAGCUCAGGAGCCUACAUUUCCUGGUACACAGUUAAUUAGCAAACGAACACAUUGGCUGGCACUUGUGUUGGCUGUGGAUGCCACAUUGUAAUAAUGAAGAACUGAAGAUAUAUGUGAGCCGUGGUUAUAGAGUUCUGUAGUUGUACGAGGAAACAGUUCAGGAUUUGUAUUUGGUCAUUUGUCCGGAACUGGGAAAUUCGGCAGCUCAAA